GUCUGCUUUUGAUUCUUCUUCAAAAACGAAGUUUCUUUUUUCUCCAUUUUCGUCUUCGCCUUUAGGGUUCCCACAAGUUUAUUCGGAUCAGAGCCUUUUUUUUCCUGAGCUGAUCUCUCCUAGUACCAACCAUGUCUAGGCAAGUCACAAGGCUCCUCGGAUCUCUCUCGUCUAAAGCUCGCCGCUGCUCGAUCGGCUUCUCCGAGGUUUCUCCGUCAUGCCAGUCUCUCACUUCGCUGACCCAAUCUCGCUCCUACGCGUCGUCCCCUCCUGCAGCCGUCUUCGUAGACAAAAACACCAGAGUCAUGUGUCAAGGCAUCACCGGAAAGAACGGGACUUUCCACACCGAGCAAGCCAUUGAGUACGGCACCAAAAUGGUGGCAGGAGUGACACCAAAGAAGGGUGGAACAGAGCACUUAGGUCUCCCUGUUUUCAACUCUGUUGCUGAAGCAAAAGCUGAGACCAAAGCCAAUGCCUCUGUGAUUUACGUUCCUGCCCCUUUCGCUGCUGCUGCUAUUAUGGAGGGUAUUCAAGCUGAGUUAGAUCUUGUUGUCUGCAUUACCGAAGGAAUCCCUCAACAUGACAUGGUACGCGUAAAGCAUGCUCUUAACAGUCAGUCAAAAACUAGGCUGAUUGGUCCAAACUGCCCUGGGAUUAUCAAGCCUGGUGAAUGCAAGAUUGGAAUUAUGCCUGGUUACAUCCACAAGCCUGGCAAGAUUGGUAUCGUCUCUCGUUCUGGAACCUUGACUUAUGAAGCUGUUUUCCAAACAACUGCUGUUGGUCUAGGCCAAUCUACCUGUGUGGGAAUUGGUGGGGAUCCUUUUAACGGUACCAACUUUGUCGACUGCUUGGAGAAGUUCUUUGUUGAUCCUCAGACAGAAGGUAUCGUUCUCAUUGGAGAAAUUGGAGGCACUGCGGAAGAAGAUGCUGCAGCUUUGAUAAAGGCAAGUGGUACUGAGAAGCCUGUUGUUGCUUUUAUUGCUGGACUCACUGCACCACCUGGUCGUCGAAUGGGGCAUGCAGGAGCUAUUGUUUCUGGUGGCAAAGGUACGGCUCAGGACAAGAUUAAGAGUCUAAAUGAUGCUGGAGUGAAGGUUGUUGAAUCUCCGGCCAAGAUUGGAGCGGCAAUGUAUGAUCUCUUUAAAGAAAGAGGUCUUUUGAAGCACUGAAGUGAAUUUUCACUAGCUCACGUUAUCUUCCAUCUUGAAACAUUCAAGAAAAA